CCGCUAGUGAGUAGGGUCUGGGCCAGGUGGGGGCCGGGGCCGAGGUUGAGUCACCCCCCUUUCCCAGGGGUCUGACCCCACCCCUGCCGCAGGCUGCUGGGGGGGUCUCCCCCCCAGGGGUCUGACCCCUGCCCCCCCCCCCCGCAGCUCCGUCGGGGGGGGGGGCCUCUUUCACCACCCUGUCUGUCUGUCUCUCCUAGUGCCGCCCUACACCAUCGUCUACUUCCUCGUCCAAGGUGCGGCCUCUGCUCCUCCAGGAGGGUGAGGGGCACCGAUGGGCCAGGCUGCUCGCCCUGGCCAGGGCCAUGGGGGCGGGGCUGGGAUGGCCGUGGCGGCCCCAGGCCUGGCCUUCCCCCGGGGCUGCAUCCUCUUGGCCCCCGUCUGGCUGUGCUCUGGCCAUCUGCCUCUGUCCCCAUCCCGGGGCACUUCGGACUGCAGUCUGCACCCCUCGUCUCCCUCCCCAGACCGCACCGGUGCCAUGAUCUCCAUCUUUCUCCGCGGUUCGACUUCUCAGCAGACUCCGAAGCUAGAGUUUCUGUCCUGUCGCCACACUCCUGACCCCUCCCCAGGGUGCUCUGAGGCUGGGGUCUCCCCGCAUCCCCCCUACCCUGUCCUCCCCUCCCCCAGGGCGCUGCGAGGCCAUGCGCAUGCUGCUGGCCGACCAGGGCCAGGGCUGGAAGGAAGAGGUGGUGACCAAGGAGACCUGGCUGCAGGGCCCGCUCAAGGCCUCCUGUCUGUACGGGGACUCUGCUCCCUGCCCUGGUCCGGGGACCCUGGGAGAGGGUCAGAACCCUUGGCUGCCCUUACCCAGAUGUGCAACCAUGGACAAGUGGCCAAUCCUCUGUGGGCCUGUUUCCUCCUCUGAUGUCCCGGUGGUCACAGAGUGCCACCCUGUUUACCCGGCACCUCCCACAUUCAGACACUUGGCAGGUCUCAAGAUCUCCGUUUUACGUUUUGCAGCGGAGAAAACAAACAGGUCAGAGCCGGAAUUUGCAGGCAGGCGCCCCGAGGGGCACACCCACCUGCUUUCCCAAACAGCCCCAGAAAAGGCUCUCAAAUGUGCCCUGCACACAGCUCGUGGUCAAUGGAGUGGUUAUUUAAAAUGUUAACGUCAGUUAAAUGUUCAAUAUCCCGAUUGAGAUCAAGUCAAAGCCGCGGGGAGUUUUAGAAGCGAGAGCAUAGGUCGUGCCCGAGCCCUGGCCUCCUCUGCUGUUUGCAUCCACGCUGCUCUUCACACGUGCGGGUUUGGGAUCGGGGUGAACGUGUGCACACGGAACGCAAACCGCCGAAGGAGUCUGGGAGGGGUUUUUGGCAAUGAAUCCACACUUGAGCGCGGUAUCUCCCCAUUGGAGGACUUUGGACAGGUGAAGGGGAAGGCUUCUCACCUCCAGAUCGGAUUUUUCCACGGGAUCAGGAAACUCAGCCCAGGAUCCUGUGGGCAUGAGCUUGGCUUUGCACAAGCCUUGUUCUGAAAAGCAGCACCCAGGGGGGGAAAUAAAAUGAAGACAUUCGGCCCGCCCAUUGGCUGCGUCUGCGCCACCGACGGGAUUCUGGCUUCAGGGCGUGUCAACGGCGAGAAGGUGGCCAUCUGGCCAGGCGCCACGGGCUCCCUCUGGGACCAGAGCUCUCUUUUCUGUGUGAGAGGCCACCAGGAUGUGAAUUCAGAGCCCACCCUGGCAGCGGUUAUAGCUGAGAGGGCAGAGCCAUGCACAGAGAACAGUGCACGAGUGUGUGUGAGAGAG